ACCUCAGGCCCUCCGAUGGCUCCGACGGCCCUCCUCCUCCUCCCCGUCCCCCUCCUCCUCCUCCUCGGGGCUCCGGGCGGCUCCAUCCCCCCCCCCGGGCAGGUGGCCCGGAUGGCGCGCUUCCUGUCGGCGCGGUGUGUGUGGGGCUCUCUGGCCUCCCUGAGCUGCCGCCGGGCCCCCGGCGCGGGGCGGCCUUUCGCCAACGUCUUCUCGGUCAGCGACGGCGGCAGCGGCGUCCCCUACAUGUACCUCACCCCCCUGGAGAUCUCAGUGCAGGACCUGCAGUGUAAUCCAACAGCAUCCAUGGUCAUGACUUUGGCUGAGACAGACUAUUGUCGUAAACAUGGCUAUGACCCCCAAAGUCCCCUUUGUUGUCGUGUGAUCUUCUCUGGCACAGUUAUGAAGGUGAACGGAUCAGAGGAGGCCUUUGCCAAAGAUGCCCUGUUCAGCAGACACCCAGAAAUGGCUGAUUGGCCUCGUGAUCAUGGAUGGUAUUUUGCCAAACUCAACAUUACCAAUAUCUGGGUGUUGGAUUACUUUGGUGGAGUUAAAACAGUCACACCGGAGGAAUAUUACAGCGUCCAACCUCAAAGUCAAGUACAGAAGAACACUGACUGGUGAACAAGCUUGGCUAUCAUCAAUGAAUGGAAGUUUCACAAUUAAUGCUCUGCGUUGCUUUGAUAAGAUUUCUCCAAACAAAAGGUCGGUGGAUUUGAAGACCUUGUGCUAAAUGUGGUACCGAUCGAAGAAAUCAAACGAACAAAUAUUCAGGGUCUUUCUAACAUUGAUAGAAACAUAUUUUCCUAAAAUUGUUGCUCUGGAAUUUAAUUGAUUGCUUGCAUCUUUCACCAGAGGACGUAGAGGAUAGGGGUGUUAUUAAAAUUCCUUUUUUGUAAUCUUAUGCAUAACUUGUAAACAAAUUUACUAACAGUCCUAUUUCUUGUAAUGGGCCAAGAAAGUCACUUACUUAUGUAUUUUUUUGUAAACCGUAAGAGCUGUUUGAAAUACAAUUUACAUUUGUUUAGGAAGGACGUUUCAAAGCACUUUACACAUCUGACUGGGAUCUUGAGUGGGGGUGGGGGAGGUAGGGAGGAGAAAAACAAGAGUUGCUCAAUGUAUCGGAAUCUAAAUUCACUUCUAUUAAAAUUGGGUAUUUCAACUUCAUCACAUGUUAAGAGCAACAUAAAUUCAAAACUACAGUCAUCCAGUGCAUAAUGUUGGAUGUUAUGUUGGGAUAUAUUUUAAUAAGCAUGAAAAAUUGACAUUGUGCCAAUAUAAGAUUUUUUAAAUAAUUGUCAAUACUGUUUCAUAUUAAAUGCUUUGGUUGGCUGAGA